AUGGCCACAGACCUAGCAUCUAUUCAAGAGGAGAGAUCAAGGAAGUUGAAAGAGCUCUUUUUUCUCUUCUCCAACCCGCUCCAGUCAUUGGAUUCCUUCAAGAAAUCCCUCAAUACGCCAACAGCUCGUCAGUUUUUCAAAGCCAAUGACAUCUCGUUGGGAAAUCAUCUUCUGAUCACGGCAUUACCCCGAGUUCACGACUACGAGUCUCUCAAAAGGGAAAUAGCCAAUACUGUACAGUCGGAACUCUACCAAUCGGGAUCCAAGAGAACCCAUGAUGGCAAUGGAAACAGCCCUUCAAAAUCACACAAAACCACUCUAACAGAUUACCCCAGCCGAUUGAUGCCUGCAGCAUUUGGUGAGAAGAAAAAGACGUCUGGUGUCACGUCGUUGAUGUCGCAAGUGGAUGUUCUUGAGAUGGAAACGAACAGCUUUCUCAACAAACAAAUCAGCGACUUGGAGAUCUUGUCUCUACCGGAACACUACCCAACUGAGGUACACAAUGUGUCGUCCUUGGCUGAGUUGUAUUACCUCACUCAAACACUUCCACUCAUCAAGCUUUUACCGGGCUCGCAUAAGAUCCUCAUGACCGAGGACUUUGAGCUGGCUCUACUAGAAGGGAAGAUCGCUGUGCUCUACUCACGUAUCGAGGAGUUGAAGCGCCAGAAAAAGUGGUCGCUACGCCAGCCAAUUCGUUACUACGAUCCGUUUCUCUACUCCAAGCGGAAUAAGAAGGCCAAAAGCUAUCACUGGGACACUCUUCUUAGUGAGGCCAAGUGGAUGGCUGCAGAUUUCAAAGAGUCCAGCAAAUUUAAGAGAGCCUGCUGUUUUGAGAUGGCACAGGCUGUUCAGGACUAUUGGUCAUACGGUAAGAUCAUGUGCGUGAAGAGGAAGAAAAUAAGACACAUUGGAGAUUCACCAGAAGAGCUCGAGUUGCCAGAAGAAGCAGCCGAGGAAAGCGAAGUAAAGGUAGACGUGGUUGAUGAGUUCUUGAACUUGACAGACCCUGCUGAAGCUUCCGUGCAAACACCUGCUGAAGAUGCCAUGGAAGUGGACGAAACGGAAAAGACUGACGCUGCAAUUGAUACAGAACCUCUUGACAUCUUAGAUGUCAAAGCUGAGGCGGCGGCUGAAGAUAUUGCGGAUAUUCAAGAAGAUGAAAUUCAGAAAGAUAAGGCCCAAAAUACUGAGCCAGACGCUGAUGCUGAACCAGAGCCUCAAGAUCAAGAUCAAGAACUUGAGAUCCCAGAGGACACUAUCGACAUUAGCAAACUUUUGGAACGCCCAGAUCCUUCCCAGGAAAUUGUUCCCCAUGAGCUUCCAGAGUACACUGCUGAGGAUCUUGCCAAGCUUGGUGUCUCUACAAGGUCCAGUCCUUUCAAGUUGCAUGUCAACGUUAACGAUAUCAAGAAAAUUGACCAAUCGAUUAUUCGCAACUUGCCCAAGUUCACGGCUUUUGAUGACGAUCUUGUGAGCAACAUGCACCAUGCCCCACUCAAACCAGGUGAGAAUUCUAUCAUUCCAGCUUCUCGCAUGUUAUAUCCUUUUGAUCAAGAUGAUUACUGGUAUAAGAUUAUUCUUAGAGACACCGAGCAAGAGCUGCCUGCCGCUGAAGAUAUCACAGGCCCACCAGAAUUCCAAAAGGGACUUUUUGGAGUUUCUCACCGUCGGUUCAACUAUUUGAAGCCUCCCAAGCCACCAUUGAUUAAGAACAUCGAAUUCAGAUCACCUACGAUUUGGCUUCCUCAGGAUGACAAGCACUUGAUCCAUUAUGUUGCCGAAUAUUGUUUCAAUUGGGAUUUAAUCGCCGAGAAUCUCGUGGCUAACGCUUCUACAUUAAAGCGGUACGAGUCGAAUAUCGAGCGCAGAACUCCUUGGCAAUGUUUUGAAAGAUACAUCCAACUUAAUGAGAAAUUCCAAUUUUCCGAUAUGAAGGGCCACAAUGCCUACCUUGCACAGCAAUGGCUCGAACAAGCUCACAAAGCUCAGCUGACUACCAAGAGAAGAAUCUCUCCAUUGGGUGUUGGAAACGAAUCCAUCCAAAGAGGUCACAGGAGAUUGCGGUGGGCAUCGAUGUUUGACGCAAUGAGGAAGACCAUGAGAAAGCGUGAAGCAGCAGCUGCGAAGGCAAAUACUCGCAGAAGUACCCCCUCGCUGGCUUCUGAUUUUGCUGGACAAACGGCCAACUCCUCAACUUAUCCUAACGGCACUACUGCAGUAAAGCGUCCUACCGAUAGAAUACCGACACCUGGAGAGCUCUCAAAGUUGAAAUUUGACAGAGACAAGACUAUCCAGGAAGCAUACUUGAAUCAGCAGUCCACACGUUCACGUAUGAUGGCAGCCGUCUCUCAACUGAAGAGUAACUCUGGUUCUGGAUCUAGUGGUAGUCCUUCAGGAACUUCAGGCAGUUCAGAUGCUGGUCCUGGAGCACCAGAUAUGCAGAGAAGAACUUCCAAUAUUCCAGGGCGGACUCAGCUCACAGGAACCGCAGCUUCAACCUUACAGCGUCCACAACCGACUGGAGCCCAACCUCAGCAACUGCAGCAAGGCAAGCCCCUUAUUGGAAACAUUAAGCGACCAACUACACCAAACGGAACUCCAUAUACUGUUGAGCAAAUACAACAACUUCUACAGAUUCAGAAGCAGAGAAGAAUCAUGCAACAGCAGAACCAGGCCGGUAAAGGAGGCGGUGUGGUACCAGCCUCCACCAAUACCAACAUGCAAUUACAAGGAGCACGCAAGCUUGCAGGCACGGGCCAAGUAGGUUUGGGACAGAAUUUCGGUGGCGCGGGAGUGACGACUGGUUCGUCUUCCGCUGCCAUGGCGCAAACCGUCGGACAAGCUAAGCGUACCACCGGGCCACCUCCCAAGCGUCUUCAAUUUGCUCCUGGACAAGUGUCGGCCAUCAUUAAUUCUAUUCAGCAAAAGAAUCCAAAAUUGACCAAGGAACAGGUUACCAAGCUUGCAGCUUCGUACUUGGCCAAUCUUCAGCAACAACAACAGACCCGCUUGGAGCAACAACAACAGCAACAGCCACAAUCUGGACGUCCGGGGAAUCAGUCGCAACAAGCUAUUCUGGCUAGACUGGCACAAUUGCAGAGACAACGAAUGGUUGGCGGAAAGGAACCAGACACGCCAUCAUUAUCAAAACUUCAGUACGAGGAAAGAAAAAAGUUGAUGUUACAAGGUACCCAGCUGCCUAUAUCGCUGUACUCGCCCUCUGGAGCUUCAUCACCAAACUAUGCCACACUGAGUCCAAAUUUAGGUAGCACCAACUUGGCCCAGCAGAGCAAUAUGGCUAUACCCCCAAGCGGAAGCGGAAGUGGAAGCAGUACACGGAGCGGAAAUCGACAACAGGCCAACAAGAAUCCUGAGAAUUAA